GAUUCUUCAACAAAUGACUUUGAUUUUAUCCAAUGUCUACUCGGUUUUACGUCAUUUGUUUACACAUCGUAAAAGUGCCACGUUGACGUACGUCUGUUCUGCUCAUUUGUAUUUUUGGUUGGUUUGCAUCACCCUGUGUCGGGUGGAAUUGACAUUUUUCAUUUCUUCUGCCUUCUCAUAUCUAUAGUUGGCAACGCGGCUGAAAAUUGUUUGGAUUUUUCAGCAAUUUGCAACCACAAAUUAUUCGGACGUCGGUGGAAGCUGCAGAAUUUUGCGGAUUGUAAAGUGUUUUUCGCUCCCAUUGUUGUUUCAACACAAUCAGGAAAUUUCUUGCUAAAGAAAGUGUAAACGUGCAAAAAGUAAAGUGAAAAUUUAAGGCCUGUAGUAGUAAGUUACUGACAAGUGCGGAUCGUAUUGCGUGCAGGUGUUAAACAAUUUUGCUUGAAAGUGUGUCGCAAAAGUGUGGAAAUUGUAAAAAUAAAAGCAAGCAAAUAUUUGCGGUUAUAAUCAGCGCUAACUUGUAGCUAUUUGUGCUAUCCAAAUAUAUCCACAACGGGCUAAAUCGCUUCCAUUGUCAGCAAAACCCUUGGAAAAGUUUUCGGAAAUCCUACAACCAUUUUCAACAAUCCUACAGUCCUGCUACUGGAACAAAUAUUCAAGCUUAUUUUAAAGCUGACACCACAUACUUCUGCUCGUCUCAUUAGCUGGCCGCUUUUCCAACAGUUUCAAACAAAUUUAAACUCCCGUCCACUUGCGCGCUCAAUCACUGAGGCACACGACUCCACGCCCACAAACCAGCAAACACACACACACAUACACACACAACGAAGAUGUCUGCGUCGCGCGCCAAUACACCACCUACCGAGGCGAAUGAGGCAACAACGCACAACAACAACAACAAUAGCAGUAACAACGCCAACGGUGACACAAAUCACAACAACAAUGCCAAACUGAAAUCAACACAAAAUAGUGGCACCGGCAGCAUCGAUAAACUUUCACCCGAUCAAGAUAUAUUCAUAAAUCAAGCCGAUGGCUUGCCCAGCCAACAUCCCACAUUGCCCGAUGGCGAAGUAGACAGUGAUAACGAACAAGAGCCAGUGGAUCCAGAUUCAUUUGAUGAUUUGCCCACAUCGAUUAUUGUGACGAACAUACACUCGGAGGUGUUUACCAAUCCAGCGCUGAAGCAGGAAAUGGAAGAGCUCUUCCGCACCUUUUGCGAUUCGGCGACCUUCCAAUGGCUACGCAGUUUCAGACGUUUGCGCGUCAACUACGACAAUGCCAUAGCGGCGGCCAAUGCGCGCAUCAAAUUGCAUCAAUACGAAUUUAAUAAGAAAACAGUGAUAACCUGUUAUUUUGCGCAGCCGGUAACGCCAGUUGCGAAUAAAAAUCUGCAACCGCCAGCGCCAGUUAAACAAUUCCUAAUUUCGCCACCCGCUUCACCGCCAGCUGGUUGGGAGCCACGCGAAGAGAAUGAGCCGCUGGUGAAUCACGAUCUGUUGGCGGCAUUGGCCAGCUUAACGCCAGGCGAAUCGCACGAACUGCACCCGCAGAGCGAGGAUCAGCCGGGUAUUAUUGUGCAUACGGCCAUGUUGCCAGAGGGAGCUGUGACCACCGCACCAACACUGGCGGUCACACCGAAGCCGGCCAUUGUGCAGACUAAGUGUCCGGAGCGCGCGUAAGAAGGAAUGGGGGAGGAUGUGCUGCUGUCGCCGCAGACGAACUCAUUUUUAAGCCUAGGAGCAGGUGCUGAGCACUUGAUAGCAUAAGAAUUAAAAUGAUUAAAGAUAAAAAGUAAUUAGUUAAUGCAAACAGAAGUUUAGUGGUGCAUAUAUAUAUGUAUGUAUGUAUGUGUACAUAAAAUAAAAACUGUUGUUAAUUUUUGUAAACAAAAACCAAUUGUAGCUGAAAAGUUUUGAAUAUGUAGUUGAAGUUACCACUGAGAAACUAAAGAUUUCCUCUUGAGCCUACUUAACGAUAAUCUAAGUUAUGUUCUACAUAUACAUACAUAUGUCUAAGUGUACACAUACAUAUGCAACUCUGUGUAAGCGCAAUCCAAUGAUUAUUUGAAUUUUGUAGUUAUUUAUAUUUUAUUUUAUUACCAAAAACGUUUUGAUUGUGAAAAAUUUUAUUCUAACUAAAAUUUUAUUCUACUAAAAUGUAUACAAUCAAUGAAGAAGUAAAGUGAAAACAUUGUUAACAAUUGAAUUGCGCAAAAAUUCUUCAAAAUAAAGUUUUAAGACACUCAACAUUUUUACUUACAUAUAAAAAAAAAUAUCUACUACAUAUUUCAGUUAUCAAGUUUAGAUUUUCAUAAUGAAAUCCCAUGCACAUAAAAUUGUAUAAGAAAAAAUUUCGAUUUUUUGUAAUAAAAUAAAUUUUUUAUGAUUAAAGCACUCCACACAUUAUGCGCCUAAUCUGAGUGGUGUUCGCGUUUGGCAUGUCGACUUCUGCACACUUGGGCGUCAUAUAUAUAUUAUUCAAAUCUUCGAUAUUUUAUAGCUUUCUCGCAUUAUUUUGACAUUUCUAGCUAUGCAUUGUCGUGCGAUUUUUUUUCAUAGAUAAUAUUGCAGUCUCUUAUUGCAUGAACUAGGAAAAUUCUAAGCAAUUUCACCAAGAAUUCAUAAAGGUUAAUUCAUUCCUCAUUUAUUUACAAACUAUGUACAUAGUAUAUUACAAAUUUUUAUAAAAAAAAAAAGAUUUGUAAGCAAAAGAAGUUUUCAAAGCGUCAGUUGUCCCAUGUUUUAACGAUUUAUUUUAUUGUUAUUUAAUUUUAACUUUUUUUGUUUUGAAAAUAUUUCAGUUUAAUACUUGCAUAUUUUUUUGAACUUUCGAAUUUUUUGUACAAUAUUUAGGCCGCAGGAGUCUCGGUUUUCAAAUUAAUGCAUUAAAUGAUAUUUGCCUAAAUUAAUUGAAUUCACUACAAAUUUAAAAGUGAUGUAGAGCUUUUUG